AUGCCCACCGCACUCUGCGUAGCCGACCCCAGGAUGGAGAAUCCCCGCGACCAUUUGUCAUCAAGGGUGCAUUUCUUUCACGUCCACAAUGACAUACUGAGGAGAUCGGGAGAAGCAUCCUCUCUCCUCUAUAAGGGUAAAAGAGUCACGAUAUUUGCGAACUACACCACAGCUGUGGCUAAGAAGCGGGCUAGCUUUGGAGCUGUGAAGCGCCAGCUACGCGACUGCACGGGCGUGAAGUUCGGCCUCAUCUACCCUGCGGUUCUGAGACUGACUUUACCGGACAGCUCCGAGCACAGAUUUGAGGACCCGGCUUUAGCGGCCAAUUUCAUCAACAAGAACAUGAAAGUGGCUGUUGUACCGCAUGUGGAUGGGCUAAUCCCUCGCGAGGCUUCGUCACCACUCCGGCCGGUGCGGCCCAUGGACCUGCGUACCCAGGGGCUGCACUGUGCCAAGUACUCCCAGCAGCUGUUGCCACAGCACAUCCAGUACGAGUUUGACAGGGAGCAGAGUCGGCAGGAGAAAGAGCAGGAGAAGAGACAGGAGCUGCAGCAGCUGAUGCACAAGGACAAGAGCGAGCAGAGUGCUGUGGCCAGUCCCCUGGUGAAACAGAAACUCAGAAGCCAAAUCCUGAAGAGGAAGGAGCAGGCCGCCCUGGAGAGGACCGCCUCCAACCUCUUCGGCAGCACCACGCCCAGGGGUUACAGGGAAUUGGCCCCAGAUCCUGACAUGACCCCAAAGCCUCUCAUGGUGACUCCUGAUGUCCAUCAUCCACUAUGUGACCAACGCAAGGACAUGCCCCUCAGAAGAACAGCCUCGGAGCCCAUCCUGAAGGUGAAGAGUAAACUGAAGAAGCACAUCAACUCCAGACAGAACCCUCUCCAACGCAAAACCAGUGCUCCCCCUACUGUCAAGCACAGAACGCCGGACACUCAGGACUAUUCCCCCAGCAGCAGUAGCACUCCAGUGUCGGGGUGCAGCUCGCCCAAUGACAGCCUCCUCUCAGAUAGCCCACUUACUACCGGACUGGCCCACGAGACUCAGAGGUUGCUGCUCCAGGAUGGCACACUGGCCCACUUCUCCUUGCCCUGCUCCACCGCCCUGCCCACCAACAGCGCCAGGCUGCCCACCCAGGGUGACAGGGAGUCGGGUAGCCACCAGAGGGUGGCCAGGGUACUGCCCCAGGUUUACCUGCCCAUGGAGGGCCUCAGUGCUGCCCAGCUGGCUCACCAACGCCUCCAGCCCCUGCUCAUCCUGGAGCCCUCAGUGCUGCUGCACACACAGCUAGUCACUGUGCGAGGCCUGAGCCCCGGCCCUCUCCAGUACCCCUCCUCCAGACUGGAAUGCCUGGCUCCCCCGGGCCCCCACAGACCCCUGGGUCGGACCCGCUCUGAGCCCCCCCUGCACUCUCACCACCACCAGCACCAGUUAAUGCAGCAGUACCACAACGCACUGCUGCUGGAGAGACUCAAACAGAACACACACCUGGGCAAGCUCAUGACCAAGUCCAGUGAGAAGUCUCGUGUCACACAGAUCCCCUCGAAGGACAUGGACCCGGCGGAGACCGGGCCUGGGGACGGCUACCAGAGGAGAAGACAGAGUGGGACCAGUAGCACUGAGUCAAUGUGGGACACAGAGUCCACCUCCUCAGGCGAUUACCUAGGAGAUCACACCAUGGAACACACACCUCUGAUGAAUCAGUCAUUUCGUUGGGAGCAGCCCAGGCACCUCCAGGUCCUGACAGACAGGCGUAGACAAGCGACCCACCUGGACCCCCUGGAUGUGCCCGUGGUUCUGGGCCCUGCCCACCGCCCCUCGGUCGCGCCCAGUCCUCCCCCGCCUCCACCUCUCUACCCCCUCCUCCACGGCCCACGGACACUCCACAGUCUCUGGCCGGCCCUGGUCCGGAGACCACCGCCAAGCUACGCUUCACCACUGGUGAGAGACACUUGGGGAGUGCUGUACGGUCUGGUGUAUGACUCUCAGAUGCUGAAGCACCAGUGCACCUGUGGCGACAACAGCCGACACCCCGAGCACGCAGGACGAAUCCAAAGCAUCUGGUCCAGACUUCAGGAGAGAGGCCUCAGGAACCAGUGUGAGUGUAUCCGGAGCAGAAAGGCAACUCUGGAGGAGCUUCAGUCUGUCCACUCUGAGAAACACGUCCUGCUGUACGGCACCAACCCACUCAACCGCCUCAAACUGGACAACCGCAAGCUGUCUG